AUGGAUGUAGAAGCGAAUACCGCUACAACCUCUAUGGUUGACAUCCUUCCGCCAAAAGUGUUGGCGACCAUUCUAAGUUACGUUGUUAAGUCAUCUCCUGCUGAUCUAUUUCGGUGCAAAUUAAGUUGUAGAACCCUGCGACGGAUAUCCGAAGAUAAGGGGGUCAUUCAACAAAUUCACCUCCCUUGUAUUGAAGCACGAGAGUUAAUGCCACACCAAGAAGCAGCGGAGAAGUACUUCGUCAAGUGUGUGGAGAAUGAACAUCCUGAAGCUCUUCUUGAGUUUGGAUUUCGACAAUACUUCAACACCAUGGUGUUGGACGACGGAUUGACGAUGUUGGCAAGAGCAAAUGAGUUGCACAAUUCGACGACAGCAUAUGUACUAAGCCUGAUAUACAUAUACACCGGAGAAGAAGAACGGGGUGUUAAGCUUUUGAAGAAGACUAUCAACAGCAUCGGAUCCGUGGGGAUAGUCCAGUGUAGAAGGAAGUUACGUGAUAUGGCGAAAUAUAAUGUGAUGCGCAAUCAUAUGAUUUUACAUUAUCUGCCAAAGCCAAAGAUAUUCUGUAAACAUAAACUAGAGCACGAGAAGAACUUAAACCAAUGGGAGCUUCAUUAUGACGCGGAUGCGGAAAGCACAGUAACUUGUAUGACUUGUAAAUGCGUCAGGGAAAUAUGCGUAUUUUAUGAAAUACUAAUUGGUCAACUCACCGGUCCCGUGUACAUAUGA